AUGAUCCCCACUUACAUCCCAGCUCAGAAAGUGGAAGCGAAGAAUGGCAUUGUGUACGCCUAUCGUCGACUCGGUCCCGCAAAGGGUAUCCCGCUCGUGUUGCACAUGCAUGUGCGAGCAUCGAUGGGCUACUGGGAUCCCGUCUUCAUACGUCCGCUGUCGGUGAGACGCCCUGUCAUCAUGUUCGACCCGCCCGCGGUCGGUCAGAGCAGCGGCGACACCCAGCGUACACCAUCUGAUAUAAACAUCAUGGGGGAUGAUCUGAAUGCGUUUCUUGACGCCCUUGAACUCGAGCUCGUCGAUCUCUUGGGGUUCUCGAUCGGGAGCAUGGCCUGUCAAAUGGCGACCCUUGCGGAGCCCAAGCGUGUGAGACGCUUGAUACUCGUGGGAGCCGAUCCGUCAGCACCAAUUCCUGGUCAACACUUUUGGCCUCGGACCGACCCCAAUCUUGAUCGCUUUUUGUCGUUGCAGAAGAGCGCGUCCGAGGCAGACUGGCAGGCUGCAUACACUCUCACCUUCUUCCGCAACGAUGACCAGGGUAGGGCCGCCGCCGAUGCCUACUUUCAACGCCUGCGGGAGAGUGAGUUCAACGAAUUUGCUUCCGAGGGGAAACUUCCGACCUUCAACGAUGUGGAAAGCUUCAUGAUACAGUUGGGGGCUAUCAAACACUGGAGCGCUCCGGGCGACAAGAACAAGCAUUCUUUCUACCGGAUGCACGAGCUCACGAUGCCCGUGCUUGUCAUGACAGGUGACGACGACUAUCUCGUCCCAACGCCCCGCAGCUAUGAGUUGAUGGAUAGGAUUCCCAACUGCCAACUGGUGAUCUGGCCCCGCUCCGGGCAUGCUUCCAUUUGGCAGUAUGCCGAGAACAACGCGGCAAGGGUGAACGAGUUCUUGGACAGCAACCCUGACAAUUAUGUCGAGCCUAGAUUGUGA